CGGCUUGUCCUCCUACAUGUAUACUUGACUACUCGGAACUAUCGCGCGGACUGUGUAAGCGCAUGCACUCGAGAUGGCACGAGGAAUAGAAGGGAACGAAAUGGGCACGCAAAAGCCGAAGAAGACGCCCAGCUUCAGCAGCCAAAAGAGCGCGACGAAGCAGCAGAGCAUUGCUGGCUUCUUUCGCAAGACGACCGGCUCUACUCCGAGUUCCGUCACACCCGCAAAGCGACUCUCUGAUGCCUCCGAGGCUACCAACGCGUCCAAGACGCAGGAUAUCACGCCUGUUCCCUCAAGCCAGCUUGUAUCGUCAAGCCCCAUUGCUUCUCGAGCCUCACACCUGAGCACGGCGAACGCUGGGCGCGAUAAAGAGAAUGGCACGUUGUAUUCCAGUCCGUCCCGAAGAGGCAAAAAGCAAGUCAACUACGCCGAGUCCGAUGCUGAAGAGGAUGAAGACGAGGUCUUCAAACCACUGUCCGGCAAUCGUCGGGCGGCGAAGCGAAGGCGUAUAAGUGUAGACGACGAUUCGGAUGACGACUUUGGCGGCGAUGCUGCCGCCCAGGCUGAAAGUGACGAUGACAUGGAAGACUUUGUCGUGGCAGACGAUCUGGACGAUGACGAGAAGCCUGUAAAGAGCAAGAAGCGGUCGUCGACAUCAGUGACAUCGUCUCGGAAACCAUCGGCGAAGCCAGCACCAUCGCCAUCCCCGCCGCUGGAAAACUACGAUGAGAUACCUUCGACAUCCACUGCGCAGCAAUGGAAAUUCGAUCCUGAUGCUCCACCUUCCACAGAGCCUCGCAAACCACCCAUGAAAAAGGCCGAGCCCUCCGGACCUGCGAAGAAGCAGAAAGCACACACCAUCGACGUGGAGCUGCGUCGUCCAUGGCUGGCGAAAAUUCUCGACGCCGAUCGCCAUCCGCCAGACCAUCCAGAUUACGAUCCACGCACAGUAUAUGUACCACCCCACGACUUCAACAAGCUCUCACCAUUUGAGCAGCAGUACUGGGAGAUCAAGAAGAACUUCUGGGACACCAUUGUCUUCUUCAAGAAGGGGAAAUUCUACGAGCUCUAUGAAAAUGAUGCGACCAUCGGCCACCAGCUGUUCGAUCUGAAGCUCACCGAUCGAGUCAACAUGCGAAUGGUGGGCGUACCAGAAGCCAGUCUGGACCAUUGGGCAAACCAGUUUGUCGCGAAGGGCUACAAGAUUGCUCGUGUGGACCAAAUGGAGACUGCGCUGGGCAAAGACAUGCGGGAGCGUGGAGACAGUUCCUCCAAAAAGAAGGAAGAGAAAGUCAUCAGACGAGAGUUGGCUUCUGUGCUCACUGCCGGGACGCUAGUCGACGGUGGCAUGCUCCAGGACGACAUGGCCACCUAUUGCGCCGCCAUCAAGGAAUCAGAGGUUGAUGGCAGGCCUGCAUUUGGCAUUGUCUUCGUCGACACCGCGACUGCUCAAUUCUACCUUGCAGAGUUCGUCGACGAUGCAGACAUGACUCGUUUCGAGACAUUCGUCGCCCAGACUCGACCUGGAGAGUUGGUGAUUGAGAAAGGACUGAUCUCGGCCAAAGCGCUCCGAAUCCUGAAGAGCAACACCCCUCCCACCACGAUUUGGAACUACUUGAAGCCGGACAAGGAGUUCCUGACCGCGGACAAGACUCGAAUGAAGAUUGACGGUGAGGCGUACUUUGACAAGUCUGUCGAGGAUUCCGUCGACACGUGGCCCGCCGCUCUUCGAGACGCAAAAGGCAAGGAGCUCUGCUUCUCUGCCCUGGGUGCGCUCGUUUGGUAUCUCAGCAUGCUGAAGAUCGAGCGCGACCUCAUCACCUGCGGCAACUUUACGUGGUACGACCCCAUCCGCAAAGCGUCCAGCCUGGUGUUGGACGGACAAAGCCUGAUCAACCUCGAAAUCUUCGCAAACACAUUCGAUGGGAGCGCGGAAGGCACUCUAUUCAGCAUGCUCAAUCGUUGCGUUACGCCCUUCGGCAAGCGUAUGCUUAGACAGUGGGUGUGCCAUCCACUGGCCAACGCAAACAAGAUCAACGAACGUUUUGACGCCGUUGAUGCGCUCAAUGCGGAUGGCACUGUGAUGGAACGCUUUACCGCUUCACUGUCGCGGCUACCAGAUCUCGAACGGCUGAUCUCGCGGAUCCAUGCCGGUCGAUGCAAGGCGCAAGACUUCGUACGGGUCCUCGAAGGUUUCGAGCAGAUUGAGUAUACAAUGUCCAUGCUCGGAUCGUUCGGUAGCGGCGAGGGCUUGCUUGGCCAACUCAUUGCGUCCAUGCCAGACCUGGCGGGUGCAUUGCAGCACUGGAAGGAUGCGUUCGACCGUAAGCAGGCUAGGAACGAUGGUCUGUUCGUACCACAACCGGGCGUUGAAGAGGACUUUGACGACAGCCAGGAGACUAUCGACAACGUGGAGAAAGCUCUGCAGAAGCUGCUCAAUACAUAUCGCAAAGACCUCGGUUCCAGCGCCAUCAAAUAUACCGACAACGGAAAGGAGAUCUACCAACUCGAGGUGCCCAUCAAAGUGCGAGGGACGAUCCCGUCGAACUGGAAGCAGAUGUCUGCUACCAAGCAAUGCAAGCGAUGGUAUUCUCCCGAGCUCGAGAGAUUGGUGCGGGAUCUCAAAGAAGCGCAGGAGACUCACUCGCAGGUGACAAAGGCGAUGGCCGGCCGAUUCUUUGCUCGCUUUGACGAAGAGUACAAGACUUGGCUUGCUGCCGUCAAGAUUGUUGCUCAACUCGACUGUCUGAUCUCGCUGGCCAAGGCGUCUACCUCACUCGGCUCCCCGUCAUGCAGGCCACAAUUCGUUGUGGAGGAAGGGGCUCGUAGUGUGCUGGAAUUCGAUACGUUGCGCCAUCCCUGCCUCGAGACCACGACGAACUUCAUCCCAAAUACCAUCGAGCUCGGCGGCUCCCAGCCUCGCAUGACUCUGCUGACCGGCGCCAACGCUGCAGGCAAGUCUACCAUCCUGCGAAUGACCUGUGUCGCCGUCAUCCUCGCCCAGGUUGGUUGCUAUGUGCCGUGCGAGUCAGCGCGCAUGACACCGGUAGAUCGAAUCAUGUCACGCCUUGGGGCUCAAGACAACAUUUUCGCCGGCCAGAGCACGUUCAUGGUGGAGUUGGCGGAGACGAAGAAGAUCCUGGCGGAAGCUACGCCGCGCUCUCUCGUCAUCCUCGACGAGCUCGGACGUGGCACAAGCAGCUACGACGGGGUCGCCGUCGCGCAGGCCGUGCUCCACCACGUCGCCACUCACGUCGGUGCGUUGGGCUACUUCGCCACGCACUACCACUCUCUGGCGGCCGAGUUCCAGCACCACGCGGAGAUUACAGCCAAGCGCAUGGCCGUCAAAGUCGAGCACGACAUCCGCGAUGUCACCUUUCUGUACAGACUAGAGGAGGGAGUGGCGGAGGGCAGCUACGGCAUGCACUGCGCGGCCAUGUGCGGCAUUCCGGACAAGGUCAUUGACCGUGCGGAACAAGCGGCGCAAACGUGGGAGCAUACCGGACGCAUUCACGAGAGCCUGGAAAAGGCCAAGGAGAGCUGCUGGAUGCCGCUGGGCUUGCUGAGUGAUGUGAGCUGGAUCUUGAAGGAUGGUGACAGCAAUGAUGAGGAUGGUGGCAGUCGCAUUACUGAGGGCAGCCUUGAUGUGUUGAGGAAGGCUAUUGCUGCGUUGUAGAGGCAUGGUCCUCAUUCGCCGAGUGUGACUUGCUAGGUGGGAUUUCUCCCUCACAUGUACAACAAAACGUGGAAGAUGGCCCUGCGGAAUGCGCCGAUCAUAGAAUUCGUCUCUCUAUA